GCAGCUUAAACCGCCAUCAUCAAGACAAAGAGACGACAGCCUCAGCAAACGUGAUCUAGUUCCCAACUUCUAGACAACGAAAGGCAGCUAUGGACUCCAUUGCACUUGAUGACAGCCUCAAGGGCCUCCUGCUCAAGGACCUGCGCAUCCAGUGCCGCGCGCGCGGCGUCAGCCCCGCCGGCAGCCGCGAAACUCUCAUGCAGCGCAUCAAGGAGCACAUGAUCGAGACCCAGGAUUACACCAUGAAGGCGGAGGGAUCUCGGCCCCCGUCGCAGACCGGUGAGGCAGACGCAUUCUCUAUGGGAGACGUGCCCCACGGCAACAACUACGGCCGCCCAGAGGGCCAGAACGUGGGCAACUUCCUGACAGACCGCCCAUCCUCGCGCGUGCUGGCUGCCCCAGGUGGCGCCUCCCAGAUAUUCUUUGGCGACGAGGCCCCCCCUGCCGCCAAGAAGGCCGCGGCGCCGCAGCCGACAGUCACGAUUGACGCCACAGGCAGCAACUCGUUGUACAUGGGCGCCAAGCAGGAGGAGGGCAACAAUGCAAACAAGAGGAACAACUACGGCCGCCCCGAGGGCCAGAACGUGGGAAACUUCCUGACCGACCGGAACUCCUCGCGCGUGCUGGCGCCCCCCGGCGGCGCAUCGCAGAUCUCCUUUGGCUGAUGCGUGAACAGAUGUCAGACUCCUACCGCUGAUGCGAGCGCGCCUGGCUGGAAGUGCUGGGCUGCAUCAGCACACCAGCUCGUGUAUUGCAAUUUGGUACAAAUCUUAGAAAGAGCAGUGUUCAUGCAAAGAGCAAGUACACCAUCAAGGGGUGUGCGAAUGUCUGAGCCUUGGGCUAUAAUUUUUGGAGGUUGUUUACAGGAGCCACUUGCAAACAUCAGAGCUGGCAAGCAGGGCCGGAAAUGAGGCUAGGAUUGGUUGCGCCUGCUGUGAGUACAUGAUAUCCGUACUGGCGAGGUGCUAAUAUGGUGCUUUCAAGAAUGUUUCCUACUACCGUAUAUUAAAUAGCGUUCUGUAAACUUGCGACUGCAAACAUUAUAUGUGUAAGAGACCCACAAAGUUAC